GUGCUGGCACCGUCCCCGUCCCUGUGGGGGGGAGCCCGGAGCCACACCCUGGGCUGUUCCCGGCUCCUCUUCGUGCCGAGCAGGCGGCGAUCCUGCCGUGUGUCACCGCCCGGCACGGAGGCCGCGGAGAUGACUGCGCUGGCUCGGAGCGUCCUAGUGACGGGGUCCAACCGGGGCAUCGGGCUGGAGCUUGUGAAGCAGCUCGCUGCCAGCCCCCGGCCCCCCCAGCACAUCUUUGCCACCUGCCACGACCCCAAGGGUCCGAGAGGGAAGGCCCUGCAAGAAUUAGCUGCCCAGCACCCCAGCAUCAAACUGGUCCAGCUAGACACAGUGAACUUGCCCAGCAUCCGAGGGGCCGUGCAGGCUGUGGGGUCUCAUCUGAAGGACCAGGGCUUGAACCUGCUCAUCAACAACGCGGGCGUCAGCUCGCACGCCACGCUGCGCUCCUUGGAUGUGCAGGAGAUGCUCUCCGCGUUUGCCACCAACGUCGUCGGGCCACUCCAGGUUGCCAAGGAAUUUCUGCCGCUCCUGGAGAAGGCAGCGAAGGGCACGGGGAAGGAGGGGCUGAGCUGCAGCAGGGCUGCGGUCAUCAACGUCUCCACCAAACUGGGCUCCAUCGGGCUGUGCCUCGGGGUGCCGGAGGCCCCCAUGUACCCGUACCGUGCCAGCAAGGCUGCCCAGAACAUGGUGACGCGGUGCAUGGCUGCGGAGCUCCAAGACAAGGGGAUCUUGUGUACGGCCAUCCAUCCUGGCUGGGUGAAGACCGACAUGGGGACGGAGAAGGCACCCCUGACGGUGGAGCACAGCGUGCGGGGCAUCCUGACCGUGCUGGCCAGCCUCUCGCAGGACACCUCCGGAGCCUUCCUCGACUGGGAAGGGAACAGCCUGCCCUGGUGA